GCAACAAAUAUAAAUUUAGCAUGGUCCUUACGCAAAACAUGCUUGCAUAGUAUUGUUCCUAGUAAUAUAGUAUUAUUCUCGCCGUAAUUACUUUGGAUUAAUUUUAGUGCGUGUCAAUUUAUUUUCCUUGUUAAUGAGUAUUGAUUGUUAUACAUAAAAAAAAAAUUAUUUGAAUUACCAUAUAACUAUUUGAAUCGGCAAAAUGAUGGAUUCUUCUGUUUCUAGCAGUCCUCGUAGGAGAAAAUCUCGGAAGUCUUGGAAUGACAAUUCUCCUGUUGCAAAUGCAGAUAUUGCUAGAGAAGAAACUUUAUUAUUGACGCAUUUCACGAAGAAACCGACAAUUAGCUUCGGCAAAGUUAAAGUAGGCAAAACAAUACAUCGAAAGUUACUGGUUACAAACCCCCAUGAAUUCGACCAGUUUGUUCACGUCGAGAAAUUUCCACAUGACGAACAUUUUGAAAUGGAGUUAAUGGACUUCGAAGUACCAGCUGAAUCAACAUUGUCUUUGAAUAUCUCUUGGACACCUGAGCGUGAAGGGGGCUGUCGGCAGAUGAUUCUUUUCUUUAUUGACGAAUCUUAUCGGCUACAAGCUGUCCUCUAUGGAACUGCUGUAGUUCCUAGACAGAAAAAAGUUGCGGUCAGGGGAAUCAUGUCGUGUGUAAAAACGCCAUUCUCUGUUCUACAUACACCAAAUUUGACAAAUAUAAAGUCUUACAACUCAACAGAGAUUCAGUAUAAGACUGUUUCCUCCAAACGAACUCAGAGCAAGACAAUUUCCAAUCGAGAAAAUACAGUACCAGUUUCUACCAAGAUGGUUACAAAGAAGAGAAUUUCACCAAAUCAGUGUACUGUCAAGAAUUACUCUUGCAAGAAAAAUGAUUCUGUUUCUUGUAAGAAUGUCACUACAAAUUUGGAAUUAAAAACUGAGUGUUCAGUACAGGAAAUUUCAUCCAUCUCUAAGAAUGUUAGCUGUGUGCCCUAUGAAGACUCGCCAGAAAACAAAACUAUAGAAAUUGACAAUGCGGUGGAAGUAUUAACAUGUGUGAGGAAUGUAACUGUAGAAAGUGCUGAAAAUGCAAAUGAAUAUCAACACAGUUAUGUCACAACCAAGCGCCAAAAGCAGAUGGCAGAUGAAGUCACUGGGCCAUCAUUUUGUAAACAGAGUCCCCGUCGGGAAACUUAUUUGGUAAAAAAACAAAAAAGGCGGAGCUGGAAAAACAAAUUAAAAAAAUCUCCCACUUCAAGUGGUUCCUUACCAGUGGUAACUUCUUUUUCUCCACCACAACUAUCUCCUCCUUAUCAUGUCUAUGAUAAUUCUGUUAAAAAUACAACCCUCAGCAUUAACAGUGUGAGCCCUAUUCAAACAAAUUUCCUCCUGACAAGUUCUCCCAUUGAAAGUCACCACCAGACUUCUGCUUGUCCUAACAGAUCAAACUUACUGUUGCCAGGUAGUGAUUUUCAAGAUGUGCACCAAAGGGAAGAUAAAGAAGAUAAUACAAAACUCGAAAUGCUUUCUCAGCUUGGACACCCCUCUGAAUCAAAUCUCAUUGAAAAACAACAAGCAUCUCCUAAAUCUGACAAUGGUUUAUCUUCAGACUCCUUGAAUAGCAGGUACUCCUCUCCCAAUUCAGAAAUUAUUUACGAUCUUCAUCAAACUCCUAUGAUUUCAGUAGAAGAUACAUCUAUUUCUAGAAGAUCCACGCAUGUUAUCAAAGAACCGAAGAUUAUCUGUAAAGCUGGAGUACUGAAGAAAAAGAGUCUAUUUUGUUGGGAGAAGAUGCCAACUUCUGUGCAGAAAGUUCCUGUGAACUGUAAAGUUAUCAGAGCCAAUGCUACUCCGAGGAAUGACAGAGUAUCAUUGAGUUCUAAAGUGAGAACUGCUAAAAGAGUUACACAAAGUACAGAGAAGGCUCCUUGUGAAAAGGAGAAAACUCAAAUGAAGAGAAGAUCGGUUUUGUCUCCCAAGAAGCCAGCUGUGGCCCAGAGCAGACUGAUUUUAGGCAAGAGAGAAAAAACUGUUAUUCCAAAACAUCCUAUGCCAUUUGCUAGUAAGAAUAUCUAUUAUGAUGAAAGAUGGAUGCAGAAACAAGAAUGGAGUUUUACUCAUUGGUUCAACUACAUCUUAACUCCCGUUGAGGAAUACAAAAUCAGAAAAUGUGUCAAAGUUGAUGCUAAAUCACUACUGUUCAGUACCAAACAAGAAGCAAGACUUGCUCCAUCCAAAGAGGUGUUGAGCUUUGAAGCUUAUGCUGCACGCAAGAGACUUAACAGACUGAGGAAGCUUGCCUGUAAAAUGUUUCAGACUGAGGACAUAGUAAAAGUUGUCCGGCGACUUGAGGUGGAAAUCGACAGUCAGAGAUUGGUCAUGAGGAAAGAUCGUCCUGUGCACGCUGAUAUCGGUUUGAAACAGAUGAUCUUGAACUGGAUUCUCUCAUACAAUUCCUUGUGGUUGCGAAUUGGUUUAGAGAUGGUGUUUGGAGAAAUCUUGCUUAUUGAUUCCAAUACUGACUUCUUGGGCAUAUCAAGGUUUAUUGUUACUCGCUUACUUGGAAACCCUGACAUUGCCAAUCGGUAUGCUCAUCCUACAGUGCCACAUCUUUACAGAGAAGGUUACCAAGACGCCCUCUCUAAACAUACCUUGAAAAAGUAUUUGAUUCUGGUUUUCUUUCUGGAUUAUGCUAAAAGGAAGCGACUCAUAGAACAUGAUCCCUGUCUUUUCUGCAAAGAUGCUGAAAUCAAGGCAAGCAAAGACCUUCUCUAUAAUAUAGCAAGGAUAUUUCUUAAAGGUGAAGGUGAUGUUGCUCGCCAUCUGUCUUAUUUUGGAUACACUGUCAGCUAUGUCCAAACACCUUUGCAUGAAUUUGAUUAUGCAGUUUCUAACCUUGCUGUUGAUCUACGAGAUGGAAUUCGUCUAACUCGAGUUAUAGAAAUACUCACAGGUAAAUGGGAACUCACCGACUCCCUUCGUGCCCCUGCAAUUAGUCGUCUGCAGAAGAUCCACAAUGUUAACAAAGUGCUGAAAGCUUUAUUGAACAAUGGAAUGGACCUAAGCCUUGCUAAAGGUUCAAUAUGUGCUAAGGAUAUUGUAGAUGGACACAGAGAAAAAACAUUGACUCUUCUUUGGAGAAUUGUGACUGGUUUUCAGGUUGAUAUACUUCUGGAUAUCAAUGAGCUUAGAGAUGAAGUCCACUUUUUGAAGAGAUGCCUUGAGAAGAAAAGGUCUGUUAGGAAGUUGGCUGGUGUUGAGGAUUAUUCAAUCAAACGUAAUUCAGUGGAAGGACUUCUUAAACCAGAAAAUGAGAAACAUCAGCUACUUUUUGAAUGGUGUCAAGCAGUUUCGGCUCAUUAUGGCUUACAGAUUGAGAAUUUUACAGUAUCCUUCUCUGAUGGACGUGUUUUGUGUUAUCUAAUUCAUCAUUAUUAUCCUGGAUUGCUGCCACUGUCUGAAAUCAAACGGGACACAACAGUAACUUACAUCAAUGAAUGUGAAAAUCAACAACAAGACAGUGAUCAGAGUUUGGAUGAACUCACUUUCAGCACUCGGUUUAGCCCUAAAACAGGGAAACCUAAAAUUUAUGAAGCUCUUUUAGCUAAUGAAGCCGAAAAUUUUAAACUUAUUGCUAAAAAAGUGAGUGCUAUUGGUGGUGUACCAGCUAUGUUGCGUCACUCGGACAUGUCCAAUACUAUACCAGAUGAGAAAGUAGUGAUCACCUAUAUUACUUACCUUGCCAUACGUUUACUUGAAAUAAGACAUGAAGCAAGAGCGGCUAUUGUUAUCCAAAUGGCCUGGCGGAAAUAUCUCUGGCGCAAGAAGCAGAGGCUACAGAGGAUGAAGAGUAAAUCUGCAGUGGUAACCCAAUGGCAAUGUAAUACAAUAAAUAAAAUACAAGUCCUUUCUCCCCAAGUUGGAUCAUACGACAAGACUAGUUCAUUGGUAGAACACUCAAAUAAAAAUUUGGCUCUUUCACCAUUCCAGUGUGAUCAGAAACACAAUAAUACUGAGCACAGUUACUUGCCAAAGUGUAAUUUGGACACAAUAGCAGAAGUUUCAUGUCUGGAUUUAGUUUCUGACGGGAACAACUAUCAAAGAGAUGCAGAAACCAAUAACUCACCACUCAACUUAGUCAUUCGUAAAGUAAAUGAUUCAAAUGAUCUUGGCCAACAGAAGCAAGAAAACCGGAAUGCCAGAGAGGGAUGUAUCAAUUUAAAAACAUCAAAAUUGAAUCAAACUAUUGAAUUUGAGCAUGAAGAUUUCAAUAAUCCCCUUAAUGGCACUUUUGAGAUUAACAAUAACAAUAAACCUCACCAUUCCCGUCUCUUAAAUCAGACUAUAGAUAUUGAUAAUGGUGUUCAAAGCAACAUUUGCAGUGUUGAGAAAUCUGGAGAUGAGAUAGUGACUGAAUAUAUUGGAGUGCAAGCAAUCUCUAAACAACAAUCUGUUUGUAGUCCCAAUAAAUAUUUGGAGCAUAAUCAGAACUUGAAUGAUGGUACACCAGAUAGAAAUAUAGAUCUCAAUGAUAAAGCUAACAUUAACGAAAGUGAAGCAAACAGCACAACUGAGAUUAGAAGUAGAUUAGAGACUUCGACUUUGAAUGAAUUGGAACAUCUUAGUACUCUGGAUGAUUCUGGUAAAUUUCUGAAGAGAGCAAAAAUCAACAAAGUCCAUUGUGACUUGAAAAAAGACACCACAAACAAGCACUGUGAUCAGCCAGAUGCUUAUGCUGAAAAUUGUGGUCAGCUAGAUGACCCCACUGAUGGUCACUGUGAUCUACAAAAUAACCUUGACUGUUACCAUGAACAUAACAUGCAAAAUGACUCCACCGACAGCCACCGUGGUCUGCUAGAUGACUCUACUAACAGCCACCGUGAUCUGCUAGAUGACUCCACUGAUGGUCACCGUGAUCUGCAAAAUGACUCCACUGACUGUAACCGUGUUCUGCAAAAUGACUCCACUGAUGGUGACCAUGUUCUUCUGCAAACUGCCUCCACUGACAGUGACCAUGUUCUUCUGCAAAAUGACUACACCGAUGGUAACCAUGUUCUUCUGCAAAAUGACUCCGCUGUCGGUGACCAUGUUCUGCGAAAUGACUCUGCUGUCGGUGACCAUGUUCUGAGAAAUGACUCUGCUGUCGGUGACCAUGUUCUGCAAAAUGACUCCACUGACGGUGACCGUGUUCUUUUGCAAAAUGACUCCGCUGAUGGCAACCGUGUUCUUCUGCAAAAUGACUCCGCUUUCGGUGACCAUGUUCUGCGAAAUGACUCUGCUGUCGGUGACCAUGUCCUGCAAAAUGACUCCACUGACGGUGACCGUGUUCUUUUGCAAAAUGACUCCACUGAUGGCAACCGUGUUCUUUUGCAAAAUGACUCCGCUUUCGGUGACCAUGUUCUGCGAAAUGACUCUGCUGUCGGUGACCAUGUUCUGCGAAAUGACUCUGCUGUCGGUGACCAUGUUCUGCGAAAUGACUCUGCUGUCGGUGACCAUGUUCUGCGAAAUGACUCUGCUGUCGGUGACCAUGUUCUGCGAAAUGACUCUGCUGUCGGUGACCAUGUUCUGCGAAAUGACUCUGCUGUCGGUGACCAUGUUCUGCGAAAUGACUCUGCUGUCGGUGACCAUGUUCUGCGAAAUGACUCUGCUGUCGGUGACCAUGUUCUGCGAAAUGACUCUGCUGUCGGUGACCAUGUUCUGCGAAAUGACUCUGCUGUCGGUGACCAUGUUCUGCGAAAUGACUCUGCUGUCGGUGACCAUGUCCUGCGAAAUGACUCUGCUGUCGGUGACCAUGUCCUGCAAAAUGACUCCACUGAUGGUGACCAUGUUCUGCUGCGAAAUGACUCUGCUGUCGGUGACCAUGUUCUGCGAAAUGACUCUGCUGUCGGUGACCAUGUUCUGCGAAAUGACUCUGCUGUCGGUGACCAUGUUCUGCGAAAUGACUCUGCUGUCGGUGACCAUGUUCUGCGAAAUGACUCUGCUGUCGGUGACCAUGUUCUGCGAAAUGACUCUGCUGUCGGUGACCAUGUUCUGCGAAAUGACUCUGCUGUCGGUGACCAUGUCCUGCUAAAUGACUCUGCUGUCGGUGACCAUGUCCUGCAAAAUGACUCCACUGAUGGUGACCAUGUUCUGCGAAAUGACUCUGCUGUCGGUGACCAUGUCCUGCGAAAUGACUCCACUGACGGUGACCGUGUUCUUUUGCAAAAUGACUCCGCUGACGGUGACUGUGUUCGUCUGCAAAAUGACUCCACUGUUGGUGACCGUGUUCUGCAAAAUGACUCCACUGAUGGUGACCGUGUUCUUUUGCAAAAUGACUCUGCCGAUGGUAAUCGUGUUCUUUUGCAAAAUGACUCCGCUGACGGUAACUGUGUUCUUCUGCAAUGUGACUCUGCCGACGGUAACUGUGUUCCUCUGCAAAAUGACUCCGCUGAUGGUGACCAUGUUCCUCUGCAAAAUGACUGCGCCGAUGGUGACCGUGUUCUUCUGCUAAAUGACUCCACUGACGGUGACCGUGGUCUACAAAAUGGCUCCACUGAUGGUCACCAUGAUCUAUCAGCUGACUGUCCUGCUGAUGGACACUGUGAUCUUCAGGAUGAAUUUUCUCAUUGUGACCAAGAUUUCUCAAUGGUUUCUAAUGGUGAUGAUCAGAAAGGCAGCUCUGCUAGUUCUACUGCCAAUAUUAUAACAGAUGCCAACAAUUCCAGAAUAGUUGAUUAUGAAAGACUUUCUUCCUCUAAAUAUGAUAGCAAACACCUGUCACAGAUUGAAUGUAAUGAAAGUGACAGUGCUGAUGGUACCCAGGUGCUGAACUCCAGUAAAAUCAAUACAAGUCUCCAACCACAUUCUGAUAUGGACUUUGAAGAAAAGAGUUUGAUACUUCAGAAUCAGAUUGAUGCAGGAGAUUCAAGACCAAACAUUUUAGAUGUGUCUAGGGGUGUUCUUGAACAACAGUGUGCCAUUGUAAUUCAAAGAUGGUACAGGAAUCGUCAAGAAAGCUACCGUGUUGCCUCAGAUUACCAAAGAAUGAAAAGUGCUGUCAUAGUUCUACAGAGCUUUUACCGUAUGUAUUCCCAGCAGAGAAAGUACCACAAACAGCUCGAGGCUAUCCGUGUUUUACAAGCAGCAGUAAGAAUGCAUCAAGAACGUCAAAACUAUCGUUCCCUCUGCAGGUCAACAACCCAGAUACAACGAUGGUACAAGGUAUUCUUGUGCAGAAAACAACGGAACAAAUUCUUGAAAGAAAAGCAGGCUUGUAUACAAAUCCAAUCUAUGUGGCGUGGUGUAAUGCAGCGCCAAUUGUUGAAAAAUCAAAUGGCAGCUGCUGUAGUUAUUCAGUCAAGCUUCAGGAAGCAUUAUUGCCAAUCCAGAUACUUAAAGUUACUUUCAUCUGUAAUUUUAAUUCAGAAACUCUACAGAUCCAAACUUGAAAGUAGAAAACUUCGGAUGCAGUUUCUUCAGGAAUUGCGAGAGAAACAACUUCAAGAAGAAAAAAGACAAAACAAUGCAGCACAACUGAUACAGGCCACAUGGAAAUGUUAUGUAGCUCAAAAAGAGUUCUCCAAAUUGAAAACUGCUACUUGUGUUCUGCAGCAGUACAUGUCUGCUUAUUUGAUUGGGAAACGUGUUCGCCAUGAUUUUAUUGCCCAGAAGAAUGCUGCCAUAAAGAUCCAAAGCAAUCUACGAGGAUUUAUUGCCAGAAGAAGAUACAAUAAUAUAAUUGCUUUUGUUACCUUGAUACAAGCCUUGUUUCGGGGCAGUCAAGUUCGAAGAGAGUUACAAUUAAAAUGCCACUCUGCUGUAAUUAUUCAGUGCCGUUGGCGUGCUUAUUUGGCUAAAACUAAGUUUCAAGCUGAAAAAAGAACAAUUAUUAGAAUGCAGGCUUUAGUUAGAGCAAAACAACAACAGAAAAAGUAUUUAAAUUGCAAAAAUGCUGCUAUUGUAAUUCAACAAUGGUACAGAUCUAUCAGUCAAAUGAGACAAUGCCAUAAGGAUUAUUUGGAACUUAAAAAAUAUACCAAGAUUCUUCAAGCUAGGUUUCGAGCUCUGAGAAGUAUGAAAAUCUGCCGUCAACAAUUUCUGCAAAAAAGAAUUGCUGUCACCACAAUUCAAGCACAUGUCCGGCAAUUCUUAACAAGACAAAAAUUCUGCAAACAAAAAGAAAGUGUUGUUUUACUGCAAAAUUGGUUUAGGGCUUGUAAAGUAGCAAAAUCUGAUAGAGCCUAUUAUCUCUCCCUUAAGACAUAUACUAUCAAAAUGCAAUCACAUGUUCGUAGCUGGCAACAGCAGAAGAAAUUUCUUGAACUUAAAGAUAGUGCCUUGAAAAUUCAGAAUUGGUAUCGUGCUGUUAUUUUAAUGCGAAGUGAUCAUCAAAGAUACAUAGAAUAUCGAAUGGCUGUUAUAAAGAUCCAGUCAGUAUAUCGGUGCUAUAGAGAGCAGAAGAAGUUUAAUAAACAAAAACAGUGUGCUGUCAAACUGCAAGAGUGGUGGAGAGCUACUUCAAGUAUGAGAGCAGAACGAAAAAGCUACUUAUCAAAGCAAGUGGCUAUCCGAGUUAUUCAACAGUGGUUUCAGUCUCUCAUUGCAAUGAAACUGGCUAGAGAAGAUUAUUUAAAGGUUAGAGCUUCUGUAAUAACAAUACAAUCUCACCUACGAAGAACAAUUCAAGAAAGACAUUUCAAAAGAACAAAGUCUUCUGUAAUUAAAAUUCAGCAAUGGUACCGAGCUUGUAUUCAAAUGGAGAUUGAAAGGAAGAAUUAUUGUAGUCUUAAAACCUCAACAGUCUUUUUACAAUCAAUUGUACGGAUGAAGCUGGAACGUAGAUGCUUUUUAACACAGAGAUCUAGUGCCAUCAAGAUCCAAAGAUGGUAUCGAAUAUUGGAAUCUCGCAGACAACUCAAAGAAACAAUUGCAAGACGCCAUGCUGCUGCAACCUUUAUUCAGAACUGGUUCAAGAGAGCUAUUGCUGCAAAAAAAGCCAGAAGUAUUUUCAACUUGAAUUGUGACUGCUGUACUGCUGCUUCUCUAAUGCUGAUCAAAGUUCCUGCUGAAUAUUGGUUGCUUAAAACACGGACAAAGAAAUUAAAUGCAGUUUGUACUGUGCAGAAAUAUUGUCGUCGCUGGUUACAUCGUAGGCAUCAAGCUGCCACAGUAAUACAGUCCUUCAUCCGUGGAUGGCUGGUUAGAAAAUGUUUGGCCAAACAAACAGCAGCAGCUAUUGUGAUACAAACAAAUAUCCGUGCUUUUUAUGCGAGAAGACUUUUUGAAAGGAAGAAGAGUGCCAUCUUGACGAUUGAGCGUUAUCUCCAGCAGUAUCUGAAAAGGCGAGAUCAUGCAGCUCAACUCAUUCAACGUAUAAUGAGAGGGUGGAUCGUCAGAAAGCGUGUCAAAAAACUACAUCAUAAUGCUACUCUUAUACAAAGUUGCUGGAGAGGUUAUAAAGUCCGAUGUCAGAGCAAACAGACUAUUACUAAGUUGAGGCAACGUUUGUUAGCUGUAACAAAGGAAGCAACUGAAGACAAGAAGUUAAUUAGUAGAUUUGCUGAGGGUUUUGAUCAAUUAAUGAAAUUCAAACAGCUUUCUGAUGUACUCCAUGCCCUUGUGAACCUCGAAGCUGCUUCUCGUCUAUCUCCCGUGUGUUGUCUCCAGUUGGCUAGGGAAAAUGCUAUUCCGGUGAUAUACAACAUAGUAAAAGGCUGUAACCGCAGUGUUCCUCACAUGGAACUCAUUAAAUACAGCAUACAAAUAUUUCUGAAUUUAGCAAAGUAUGCUCCAACGAUUGAGUCUGUUUAUCAUUCCCGCCCAGAUGCUAUAGACAUUCUUCUCAAUGUCAUGAUGGUUUUCCGAGAAAAGGGCUUGGUUUUCUCCAAAUCUUGUAUAUUGUUGGGAAGUAUAGCUUUAGAUCUGAAGGAAAAGGGUAGAAUGGAUGAGUUACUAUCUCGGCAGCAGUUUGUGGAGAAAAUCCUGUCGCUGUAUAAAUUGACUGUACGGAAAUACAAGCAAGAAGAAACUAGAAUUGUGACGAGAGCUCGGCUAGUAGCUGCAAAAGAUGCUUGCCCAUUUUACGAAAAUACUGUUCUUUCUAAGAUCGGUCCAGACUGGUUGCUUGGCAAGAAAAAAUUGCAAGAAUUUGAGGAACCAUUAAAAGCAAUGACAUAUUUAAUAUAUUGUCUUGGUCUACAAGACAAACUCCCCAAACAGUUACCUAAAAACUUGAAAAUGUAAAAAAAAUUCAGGUGAGGCAGAAAACCUUUUGUUAAACAUUUACACCCAUAUAUUCCUGCAUGUAUGGGUGCAAUGCAUUCAAAAUUGUGACCAAUUUCAUUUUCACUUUUUCUACACACAUGCACAUGUACAAAGUAUUUGGGGGAUUAAGUAAUUAAAAUUUAACAGAAAUAAGUAAAAAUAACAUUGAAAUGAAAUAAUUAGUCAAUAUAAAGAUAUCAGAAUUAACAUUUUACUUUUAUAACUUAACAGUUCCAUUUCAAGAACAUUGACUAUAUGUAUAUAGUCAAUGUAAUUUUAAUAGAUACAGUAGUAAUAAUAAUAAUAAUAAUUACAUAAAAUCUUGACUCCAAUAAAAAAUUUAUAGCACUAAUGCAAUUUCUUAAAUGGAAUUAGAUUGUUUUUUCAGUACUGUUGGCUGUCUGUUUUAACAGAUGUUUGUAUUUUUGGUUAUAAAUUUGGGAAGCCCUUUCUUCUGGGUUUAUUAGGUUAAAAAAGAAAAUAGAGUUCUGUCAUAUAGCUUUUUUUGUGUAUGUUAGACAUUACAAGCAAAAUAUAAUCAUAGAGAUUAUAUAUUUUAAGUAAUCUUUGAUUUAGAUUUUUUUUUGUCUCUCUAAACUUAAAAGAAUUCUGAAUCAUCAGUUAUCGAGUAAACACCUUGUUACAUAUUCUACUUGCUUUUUGUAUUUCGAAUGCUGGGUUUUUUUCCCCACCACAAAAAGCAAUUUUAAUUUUUUUUUUUUCGUUACUGUUAAACUAUUUAUAACUAUAUGUGCUGGUUAUUGCUCAAACAAAUUGUUCUUUUACCUUCAGAAUCUUUAUUACUUGCCAGUUAAGUGCUUUCAAUACUCAACAGGCCACACAACUUGAUAUUUUCAUGGUUGAUUUGAAUCCAUUUUAGAUUUUGUAGAUUUUCUUUCGUACACCACCAGACUUAUGUAUACCAAAUGAAGGAUUGCUUGAUAACGGUGCUAUCUUUUCUUUUAUAUGAUGAUGACUAUUUUGUGCUGUUGGAACUUGUUUUCAGGUUUAGUACAGAGUUCUAAUAGCAAAGUCAUUUUGAUCUUUCCUAUCAUUUGAAAUUGCCCCCUGCCUUUUUGUUUCAAGAUCCUAAUCCUACACCUACAUUUUGUCACCUAUCGUUACACUUUUCAAAAAAAUUUUCAUCUUUAUUUGAGCAAUCAAAAGGCUCCUAACUGACUGAGUCAGAACUGUUUUUGUUCAUAUAUCUGCUGGUAAGACAAAUUUUGCAGUAACAUGUAUAAGCACAAACUUUCCAGUAAGUGACAUUUCCAAAAAAAACUACAGCCCACAUUUUUGCAAUGUGAUCAUCUGUCUUCAUGAAAGUUUGUCUAGAUUUAGGAUUUUCCUUUGAUUUUCAUCAUCUUACCAAUUUGAAAUGCUGAUACCACUUGUAACAUUGUGUACAGCCCAAUCCUUCAUAUAGGGCUGCAGCAGCAUUAGAGAGGUCUUCAUAGUUAUUCCCAAUUUAAUACAGAACUCUACAUUAGCAUUGCUCUUUCCAAAACCUUCCUUUAUUCAGCUUAUGGCAGUUGCUGAAUGUAUAAAAACAUUCACAUUAGCACAAGUUGUUUGAUGACUAAUAGAUGUAGUGUUAUGUGGCUGUUAUUUGAUUGAGAGUUAAGGUCACCUACACACUGUACUCACAAGCACAACAUUGUUCGUUGAUUAGUAUGUGGUUUUAAAAAAAGUUUCAUUUCUGGAUAAACCUUGUGAUAGCAUUUUCAAAACCUUUUCUUUGCUGCUCAGUUUCAUUAUUAUUUCUUUCACUUGUACCUCCACUUUAUUUAUUUUUUUUUUUUUUGCUGCAACUUUGGUAUGGCUCUUGGCACAGUCGAAAUUUUCAAUGUUUUCACUUUUUCUCUUUUUAUCUGCUGAGAUUUUUCCAGUCCUUCACUUCAUUUUGUAAAUAACCUUGAUAUUUAAUUGCAGCUGUGACUUCAAACUAUUUGUAGAUAUUACUUUUUGUUGGAUAGCCAUUGCAAAGCUCUAGUCCUCUUUCUCGAUGUGCUAAACUUAUCUUGUCUAGGAUCACAAAUGUGCAAUUCCUUUAAGUGGUUAUGUGUAAUGUUUUAUGACGGAGUUGCAGCUAAGGUAAGCCAAGUAGGCAGGCAUUAAACGAUAAUCCAGCAUAGAUUUUGAGCCAUAGUGGGGCAGUUAAUUAUUCAGAUAAAUUUACAUACUAGUUAUUUUCUCUUAGUGUUUGGACAAGAUUAAAAAAAAAAACAAAAACAAAAUCAUGUGUUAACUUUAAGUAUUCAAUGGUUUGAGUUUUCUUGAAAAUAUUAAAUACAAAUUUGAAAUUUUGUUAUAUUGAAAUUUUACCUGUUUUUGUCAUUCUUUGACAAUUUCUUCUUUGUAAAUAUUAAAUAUUUGUGUAUUUUUAAGUUAUGGAUAUACAGAUUUGAAAUGUCCGAAUACAUUUUACCAGUAUAUGCUGUAUGCAAUUGACUUUAGUAUUUGAACUUUAUAAAAUAAAUUUUGCAGGCAUUUGUGUUUCAGUAUGAUCAAGAAAUAACUAAUUCUCUUUUCUUUCCUCAUGUUGUGGUGUGACAUGUUUUUUUUUUGUUCUAUGUAUAACUUGCUUUAAAUGGGUUCUGGAAACAUGACUGAUUUUUAUUUUUUGUUUGUUCUGCAGGUGAAUGUGAACCUAAAUCUGCUUUCACAGUGAAUGAAUGUGAACAUAAAUCUGCUUUCACAAUGAACGAUUGAAUGUGAACAUAAAUCUACUUUCACAGUGAACGAGUGAAUGUGAAUAUAAAUCUGCUUCCACAGUGAACGAAUGAAUCCGAACCUAAAUCUUUCACAGUGAAUGAAUGUGAACAUAAAUCUGCUUUCACAGUGAGUGAAUGAAUGUGAACAUAAAUGUACUUUCACAGUGAACGAGUGAAUGUGAACAUAAAUCUACUUUCACAGUGAACGAAUGAAUGUGAACAUAAAUCUGCUUUCACAGUGAGUGAAUGUAAAUUUGCUUUCACAAUACAAAUUGAAAUAAUCUUUCUUUAACUCUCUCCCAUUCAACUGUUGUAUAUAAUGCUCAAAUUUUAUAUCACUUGAAUUGAAAUAAAGGAAUAUACAACUGUGUUA